AUGCGGACGGAGACACGACCACAGAGGGCGGCUGCAGCAGAAAUGGAUCCCGCUGUUUCUUUGGAGGCAUGGCCUCUAGACGUCAACGCACACCGGGCAUACAUCAAGGAGCAGCUACAGAAAGGGUUGCUGCUCUUAAAUCCAGCACUAGCUGCGGAGACACAUGGAGGCUCCGCUGUCGAAAGGUCAUUCAUGGAGCUGCUGCUACAACAGGACUCCUUGCUCAGCGGAGUCUACUGGCUAUUGUGCUGCCUCGCGCUGACGCAGCCCUCUGAUGUGAUAUUGCCAUGUGUUUCACCGGAUCAGCAGCAUGCAACAGCAAGUAUGCUCCCUUUGCCCCCGGAGAUUAGAGAUGCCCUUCUCCACGCAUGCACCAAACGCUUUCUCCGUACACGGCACUGCUCCGGAUUGCCCCCUGCAGAAGCUGCAACAGCGUCCCCAUCACCACCACAUACUGCUCCUCUUAAAGCAGAAGGAACGCCAACAUACAGCGUGCCAGAGAUGGGAGCUCCACCAACAAGUUGCGAAGGAACGGCACCAGAAGCUGCAGCACUUGGAGCAUUCGCGGCGUUGCAACAAACUACAACAGCACAAGCAGCAGCAGAAAUGCAAGCCUGUACACAUCGUUGCGCACCCGUCACGGGCUUUUGCAGCAAUCUGGCAGAAGGGGCAGCUCCAGCGGCUCUUCCCACGUGCAGUGGAUUGCAGGUAUUGGCCUUAUUAGGGGCCCUCCCAUUGCUAUCAGAGGAGACACUGCGGCAGGUGCGGCGCUUUGUGCUGCGUCUACAGCGAUGGGAGGAUGGAGCGUUCUCCAACACGCUGCCACCUUGCUGCUCCAGUCACUGCAGCGACGGCAAGAGCUGCAACAAACGCUGCUGUGCGCAAUCAGGCGCAGCGGCAGAACCAGCUGGAGGAAGCAGUUGGGAGCACGAGGGGGAUAUCCGCUGUACAUUUUGUUGUCUUCUCAGCCUGAAGCUGAUACAUGCCGCUGCUACUUCCCGAGAGCGCAUGGUGGACGCCAGUACCAACGUUCCACGGUUGGAUAAGGCCGCCGCCUUUCGGGCUAGAGCUGAUGCCAUUAGAGAGCUUGCACUGGCACGCCCUGCAGCAGAACAUGCACUCGUUGACAUUCCAGCUGCAGUAGGUGCAGGGGCCUUUCCGCAGGAAUGCGGGGAGCACCGCAUUUCUUGGGACGCCUCAAGCCAUGAGUCAUACGAGGCUGCUUCUUGGGAGGAAUUUCUUAUGGACCCCUUUGCUGGGGUUCGUGUGGAUGCGGUAAUAUCUUGGUUGCUGUCUCUUGUGGGUACUGAUGGAGGUGUGGGUGUCUCCCCCGGGGCCGAGCCGCACGCAGGAGCUGCCUUCUGCUUCGCUGGAUGCUUAGCGCUCUUGAGGAAACGGGGGGCUUUAGGUCGCAAGGCAGUACACAGGCUUGAAAGGUGGCUGUGUGAACGGCAGCUAUCUGGAGGGGCAAUCCAGGGACGCCCAGGGAAAGCCGGAGACAGCUGUUACACAUUCUGGGUAACAGCUGCGUUGCUGCUGCUGGGUAAGGACCCCGUAGAGGUGCUGCGUUCAGCAGAAGUUGCUGAAGCUGUUGCUGCUGCACAGCACCCAAAUGGGGGAAUCUCGCGGGCUCACGGGCUUACAGGUGCACCAGCAGCAGGGAGCCGCAUCUCUGCCGCAGGGCCGAGUGACAAUAAGACAGCUGAGCACGUUUCUGCAAGUAGCACUGCCCGCAAAAGCAGCAGCAGUACUAUCAACAGUAGCAACUCACUGCAGUUCCUUAGCGUCGGUGUGCUGGACGCAGAAGACGAGCAGCUGAGGCAUCCCGACCCAUUUCACACCUUUUUUGCCUUGGCCGGUCUUUCCUUGUUAGCUCAUAGCGACAGUCCAGGCAGUCGACUGCAGUGGAAAAAGGAAGUGCAGGAGACACAACAGAAAGAGGAAUGGCAAGUGACUUGUCAGCGCCUGCUGCAGCCACUGGACCCCGCGACUGCAUUGCCACUCCGUUUGUCAACUCAUCUCAUAGGAAGCUCCGCGUCUCUCUAA